GGGCUCUGUUUCUGGCAGCGGGAAGGGACCGCUGUGGUUCCUCGUAGGAUAGGAUCUCUUUGGGUUCCAAGUCUUUGAAGUGGCCACUGGGAUCUUCAUGCAUCUGUUAGUCGUGCAGGACCCAAGACAUGAUUGUUAAUACCAUGAUCCCAACAUCCUUCAUCAGCAGAACUGCAAGAACAUUAGCACUUGAUGGGUCGCAAGACAAAUAAGCUGGCAUGGUACAAAGAGCCUGACAUUGUAGAUCAACUGGAGAAGACGCUGGACUAUAAGUUCUUGGAACUUCUGGUUGUUUGUGAGUCAGGAAGCAACAUCUCAGACAGACUAAAGAAGAUUGGAACAACUAAGAGCUACAGUGACCUGUUUGUGGAUCAGCUGAGGCCAUUGCUGUACGCUCCUGAUAGGCAUCUAGCAAAACAACUGAAGAAGAGCUUUCAUCCAAUAAUAGGGGAUGAAGACAGAAGGCCAAAGACUGCAGCUUCUUAUGGGGAAGACUAUAUAAUACCUUUCAGGAAGACAAAACAAGUUCCUCCAAGAUCUAAGAGUGCCCCUGAGAUAAGACCUGUGGAAUCAGAGACAUGGACCAUGGUAACACCUGUACCACAUUUUCGAUGUCCCUGUUACCACCAAAGGAGAUACAACCCAUCUCCAAUUGUCACCGAGGAAGACAUAAUGGCUUUGGAGAGGCGAAGAAGAGACAUCUACUUCGAGUUACAAAUGGCAGAAGAAAAAAGAAAGCGGGAUCUGCAAUGGAGACUGAACAGAAUUUUACCAGAAUAUGAAGGACGUGUUGUUUCAAGUGAACAAUAUCUUCCCAGACCCAGCUCAGUCCCUUCGGUGCCGACAGCAGAAAUCACAAGAGAAGUCCCCAGAGGCUCCAGUGUAUUUGAAAGGCUGUCAACACCCAGGAGAAGGUUACCUUCCCAAUCUCCUUGUCAUGCUGCAGCGUGUGAUGCUUACAAACAAGGCAUCACGACCAAAGAAGGACUGGGAAAACCCAGGGUGACCAGGUGGGGCAGAAAGAUGGAAAAGAAGCAGCAGAAGGAAACGGCAGACGAGCUGGAGGAGGAUUCACCCUUUCUUUUUGUUCGCCUCUAUUGACUAUGGAGACCAAUUUGUCUUUCCAGCCAGCAAUGAGAGCUCAGCACUGCUUGUUCUGCCCUCUCUGCUUUUGGGUCCCAGCCUCUUCUAUAACAAAAAGGACUUGUUGAUACAAAGUUCUGAGUAAUCAAGGCCAUUGCUACUCUGGAGGAACAAGAAAAGGCUUCCUUUGUUAUAAAUGCUUUUCACAUGGGGCCAUGGCAGCAUAUGCCUUCUAUAUCCAGGACAAAAGCAGAUGGCUGUGGGGGAAUGGCUGAAAGGAAACUCUUUCUUCUUCUGCUGUCUUAACAGAUCUUGUUUAUUUGUCAGGGCCCUCCAGGAUCAAAUUCAUACAGAUUUUCUGUUGCCUAGGAAAGUUUUUAAAAAGUAACAAUACUGUAUUGUGGGUACAUGUGUGCUUAUUCGUUCCUGGAAAGACUGAAUUGGCAAGUCAUUGAUAUGAAGAUGUUAACAGUCUUGUGUGGGGAGGACCCCAAGACGUUCUAUUAUAUCUGAUAUCUGAUGUCAUUUUUUAGAACAACAAAAGAUUUGACAGUUAUAGGCUAGCCAAAUAGAAUUUUUAGAAAUUUUAUUUUUCAAAUGUAAUACCAAUCUGUUUCAUUUUGUAAUACUUUUAAUGUUAUUGCUAUUUACAAUAAAGUAAAACCAAAAUGUUAAACAAAAA